AUCCGGCGUCUCCGUGCGCACCACCCUUCAGGCUUUCGGCCGCGGGCUCGAGAUUAACUCUGAACUCAACGAUUAAGCUCACAUUAAGCUGGUGUCUUGGAUGCACUUUCAAAACCUUCGGGCACCGUCUACUCUUUGUUUAUUCUCCAUCCAUAAUAUUGACUCUUUGCUGGAGCCUCACAUCAAACUGUGAUGUCUGGAACAACUUCCGUCAAAAUCUUAACAGUUGGCUCUGCUGCAGGCUCAAUCCGAGAGAUAUUCUCCAAGAUUCAAGCUAUUGAUGCGAAGCAUGGGAAAUUCGAUCUUGCACUAUGUACAGGAGACUUGUUUGGACCACCGAAAGAGGAGUAUGGCGAAGAUGACGAAGUGACACAGCUGCUUAACGGUUCUCUUGAAGCUCCUGUAGAAUGUUACAUCAUGCAAGGGGAACAUCCGUUACCGCCGCCUGUGAUUGAGAAGUUCGCCAAGACAUCUGGUGCUUUGAGCAAGAACGUCUUCCUUCUUCAUAAGUCGGGUAUGAUCACAACGGCGCAUGGGCUGCGUAUCGCAUGUCUUGGAGGCGUUUAUGAUUCCAACCUCUAUUCGGCUUCAGAUUCAGUUCACGGCUUCACUUCACCUUACUUCACGAGUCAGACAGUAGAGAAGCUAUUGGCCAAUACCAUGAUCUCCUCAACACAGUCAAACCCGAAGAUACAAAGCUCAUACAGCUCAUUAGCUGCAAUCAAGACAGCCACGAGCACACCACAGCUCAUCGAUAUUCUACUAACCAAUUCCUUCCCAACCAAUAUUACAGCACUCUCAGCUGCUCCACUUCCUUCUCCGGAUUUUCCCCCUACAGGUGGUGCAGAACCUGUUUCUGAAAUCGUGAGACGUACAAAACCGCGCUACCAUUUCGUCGCUGGCGGCGGCGGGGAACACCCGCCCACGUUCUGGGAACGAGAACCUUUCAUUUGGGAUGAAGAAGGUGGACGGGUGUCACGUUUUGUGAGCUUGGGCUCGUUCGGCGGGGGACCUGACCCUUCAACCGGUAAGAAACAGAGAUGGUUCUAUGCGUUCAACAUUUCGCCACACGACCCAAACGCACCUGCACCCCCGAAACCUGCGAACGCCACCGCCAAUCCGUUCACCGCCAGGGGUUUAAACCGGGGUACAAAGCGUCCGUUGGAAAGCGUACAUGAAGGUGCACCUGAUUUUAGAUGGGGAAACGGAAACCAGAGGGGGAAGAAGACUAGAAUCGUGGCGGACGACGGGAAACCUCCUCCUGGAUACAAGUGCAAGAUCUGCGAGGCGCCAGACCACUUCAUCUCCGACUGCCCAGAUCGUGCCAAACCCAAGGAAGGCUACAUUUGCAAGAUAUGUAAUGAGUCUGGUCAUUUCGUCCGCGACUGCCCAGUGAAGAAUGCAGUAGGUGAUACCGGUGGUCGUAAACCACGAGAGGGUUAUGUAUGCCGAGCUUGCGGGAGCGAGUUGCAUUACAUUCAAGACUGCCCGGUCGCCAAUCAGCCGCACGCACAGACCCGGGGACCUCCAAAGGAGAUUACCCCGACCGAGUGUUGGUUCUGUCUGUCGAAUCCCAACAUUGCCAAACACCUAAUUGUUUCGAUUGGUUCGGAAUGUUACGUGACGCUGCCUAAGGGACAGAUCGUUCCGACACACAACGCUGGCGACUAUCCAAGUGCCAAAGUCCCUGCAGUACCCGGUGGUGGUCAUGUCCUCAUCGUGCCGAUUACUCAUUACCCUACCUACUCUACGAUACCCGCGGACCUGUCUCAGCCGAUCUUCGACGAGACAAACCAAUUCAAAACUGCCUUGAAGUCUUUCUACGCCACCUAUGAUGCGCAACCCAUCUCCUUCGAAGUUGGACGUCUGAGCGCCAAGGGUGGUCAUGCUCAUAUUCAGGUGGUCCCCGUGCCCAAUUCUUUUUCUUCCGAUGCCAUCGCCGAGGCGUUUCUCUCAGAGGCCGCGCGACAUGGCGCAGAGCUUGAGUUUGAAAAGACGGGGGACCCGUUGACAAGUGGAGAUAGAGGAUACUUCCGAGUGGAUUUGCCUGAUGGGAGAAGGUUGGUUCAUUGGAUGAGGGAUGGUGUUCCGUUUAGUGUUCAGUUCGGAAGACAUGUACUGGUCAGCCUCUUGGGCAUGCCGGAGCGUUUCGACUGGAAGGAAUGUGUACAGUCCGAAGAGGAAGAUAAGGCUGAUGCAGAAAGCUUCAAAGCAGCAUUUGCGAAGUUUGAUCCUACGCUUUAACUUCUUUUCAUAGUGCGACUUAUCUUAUGCUUCUCACUAUGUGAUACUUAUUGCAUUUGCGGCGCGUACCCGGUAUUCAUUAAAUUAUGGCAUCUCGUUCUCCACGUUUGCCGACCUGCUAUUAUAUUCGACGUUUAUGUUCACGCUUGAUUUGAGUAAUGAGCUCGGACACUGGUCGCCACCAUCGUAACCGGACCCCAGUCGGCCAUUCAAUGGUUUACCGCGGUCGACCAUGAAGGCAAACUUGAUGAAUCGGUGGUUUUUGUGGACACCUUGCGCAUCUAGUUACUCCAGGAGAAAUAGAGUUUGAUACACCUA